CCUGUCUGCCCGUCUACCCGGAUUCGUUACGCUCUCUCGCCAGCUUGAUCGAAACACCGAACACCGACAUGGAGUCGCUGCAGACGUCGCUGUGCGAUCGCGCCAGCAAGGAUCCUCAAUUUUCAGCCAACCACUUCAUCACACUCCCCAAUGAGCUUGUCCUCGAAAUCAUCAACCUCUGCCAGGCGCGCGAAGCUCUCUCCCGUCUUCGCCUGUUGACAAUUCCCUACAUCUUCCGGCGGAUGAGAAAGUGGAUCAACGAGGACAAGUUUUUUGACAGCCUGCAGGUCAUCGAGAAGAACCCUACCAUCCGGUCCGCCGUACAACUCUGCUACGGCAACAAGACUCUCUCAGGCCCUCUUCGUAAGGAACUUCUCGACAAGAACAUCGUCUUAGCAUCCAUUCGAAUCUUGACCUUUGGCAGCACAUCUACCAUGAACUUCGUCCCCAGCAUUUUCAUCAACUUGCGUGUGCUCAGUGUCACUGUCAAGACAUCUCCCAAGAAGACGCCUGGACUGCAAGCCGACUCGACGAAGUUGCAGCUGGAGACCCUCGAGCUCAAGCAGGACAAUUGGACGACUGAUGACGUUGAGGAAAUCUUCGAGCUCUUCCCUCAAGUCCCGAAGCUUCUCGUCGACGGCGAGCUGAAGAACACCAGAGUCUCAGCGCUCAUCCCCAUAUUCAAGCAAUUCAGCAAUCUGCGAUAUCUUGCUCUGACGACUGUUCCCAAAGUCUAUCCCCGUCCAGGUCUUUUUGACGACAGACUCCUCGAUGAGAUUGAUGAUCUUCGCGAGACACAUCCACUCAAUGAGGAUCUGGUCAUCAAUGCUGUGGACCUUUUUCAGCAAUGCCAGCAACUCGAGACAGUAUGCUUGAAGGAUGCUUUCGACGGACACGUCUUCCUGCCCACCAGAAAUGGUGAAGAGACUAGCGUCGAUGACACCGUCUUCACCGAUGAAGAUGGGUUUGCAUUCGGUUGGCCGGUUCUUUCAACUAUGUAA